GACAGGUAAAGUACACAUUUUAUUUUCACUAGAAGCUAGUCAAUGAUCUUUAGAGGUAAAGUAGAUUUGUAUUUUUCCCAUUCAGUCCCUGAACUCAGAGUCGGCAAUAUUGAUGUGUACAAAUGAUGUUAUUGUUGUUUAAAUAAAGAAGUCAGUAUCACAGAUGUAGGAUGAGCAGAUUACAUUUCUUAAGCACAAAAAGCACAGGUGUUAAUAGGAUUUAAAGGCUUGUUACUGACACAUUUGAUGUAUCUACUGAAACAAAGUCUGUUUUCAGUUAUGUAAACUUGAAGAUUCAACACGAUGAAUUCAAAGCGAAUUCCAUUUUAUUCUUGCUUUUUGGUCUUUAUGUUCCUCUGGUCUUCUUUCUCCCUCACACUUUAUUCCCCACCUCUUCAGGUGUUUGAGGUGCGGGAGUGCCCAAUGGGAAAAAGAAGAAACUGUUGAUUUAAUAGUGCUCCCAUUUCCAACCACAAAGAGCAGUAUUCAGACUCCUUCCUGAUCUUCAUUCGGGGACAGUAACUUCGUUGGAAUGUAAAUGGUGGUGAUUCUUGUUAUCUCUGUAAAGCUAUCAUUACUAAUGUUUAAAUUUGGUCCAAGGAGGUAAAAUACUUCUCUAAUAUGCUUAAUGCUGUUAGGGCACUAACAAGGUAUCUCAGGAAUCUGAGAAUGCAGGCACCAUAUCUCUCUCAUACAUAGUGAACUGCAUACUUAUAAUAAAACCAAAUGCAUUAGUUUUAUUCGCUGUGGGGAAACAGGUAGAGGAGAUAAAAGGAAGAGAACUCAAAUUACCCUGUCUUCUUUCUUGCAACUCUAAGGAAGGUGUAAAUAUGAAUAGAUCAUAAUUUUAUGACAUAGAAAAGCUAGGGGUUUUAGAAUUCAAUCUCACCUGCCAGUCACUUUGUCUCUUUGAAUGCAGCCUGGGCCAUAGUUUCCCCUUCUGUAAAAAUGAGAUGGUUAUAAUUACCUUGGUAUUUCCGUGAAGAUUAAGUAUUUACUUGGAGGCCCACCUCCCAAUGAGUAUUUUAAAUAUUGUAUUCUUAUCUAGGGGGAAGAUUCGAUUUGCAGACAGAUUAUGUUCCAGAUUAUGUAGUAUGUUUGGGAACUUGGGGUCUAUUUUCCCAGGGAAUAAAAAUGUUCCCUAAACUGGUAAUUGAAUUUCCAAGCCAGCCUAUAAAUCUAAUUAAUCUGUAAUAGCUGAAAUAGUAAAAAACAAUUUUUAUAUUAAAAGACAAUUUUUGAAAAACUAUUAUAAUGCUAAAUUUAAAAAGAGGAAAAAAAUAUAGUUGGCACUUGAGGCAAAGCAGGUUUAGUAGCAGUAGUAUACUUUCAAAGACCUGAGAGAUUCAUGUCACUAGUUAUUUUUAAUUCAAUUUCAAUUUUUACUUUUAAUAAAGAUGUAGUAAUAGCAUUAUAUUUAUUUUACUAGCUAUGAUUAAAACCCUUUUUUGGUUCAGUUAAUGAAGAGGAAAAAGGAAAAAUAUAUUUUUUUCCUGAUGAGUUAAAUAUUUGGGGAAAAUGGCAAAUAAGGUUACUUGCAGCAGGGGGUGGGGGUGGGGUGUGUGUGUGUAUCAAAUAAUUAAAAGGGCCAUAUUUUUAGUGUCAGUACUGGCUCAACUCUGAUCUUACAGCUAAGAAAAUUGAUGCACCAAAGAUGCUAACUUCCCUAAUUAAUUCAGCUAGUAAGGCUAGGUCCAAUGUACAGUAAUCAAACAACCUCUCAUUGCAUUGUUAACUUCUGGAGGACAAGGGCUAUUUGAUAUUUCUUAAUAGCUCUCUUCAUACCACACAUGGUAGCUGCUCAGUAAAUACUGACUGGAAUGUUGAACUUAAGUCUUUAUAUUUAACUCUAAUGUGACAAACUCUCCAGCGAACUUGGGUUGAAUAUCACAAAAAAAGUAAGUGGGAGAGUUGCUCAAGUGUGAUUGAUGGACCAGCAGCAUUGGCACCACCAGAGAGUGUUAGAAAUGGAGACACUCAGAUCCCCCUACAGACCUACUGGAUUUGAAUCUACAUUUAAACAAGAUCCCUGGGUGAUUUCACAUGCACAGGAAAGUGAGAAGCAGAGGAAGAUAAUAGGAAAAAAAUUUUUUUAGUCUUUAUGUUGCCAAUUCAGAAAAGUUGCUAUCUGAAGAGGACUAGGGAUGAAUGGCAGGAGGCAGUACAGUGCCAACACAACUUUUGUGUUCCAAGUGUUUUUUAAAGCAGGCAGAAAUUUUAUUUUACUUUUCUGUAGUUGUACAUAGGUAGCUGUGAAUAACCAUUGUUUUUCAUCUUUUCAAGUUCUGUAAAGCUGGAGAUUUUUGCCUAAACAUUAUUCUGAGUGAGUGAAUGAAUUUCGUAAACUUGUUUUCUUAGUUAUGCCUUUUUCAUCAUUCUACUUCAUUCGGUCUUUAAAAGACAUUGAAAUAUAUGUGCACCUCUGUUUGAGAAACAGUUUUCCUUUUAUCAAAAUAUUGUCAUUUAGCCUUGUUUCCUUACAGUUGGAAUGUUAAAGAAAUUCAUCAGGCUGCUGACUAUCUCAAAGUGGAAGAGGUGGUCACUAAAUGUAAAAUAAAGAUGGAAGAUUUUGCUUUUAUUGCUAAUCCCUCUUCUACAGAGAUAUCUAGUAUUACUGGAAACAUUGAAUUGAAUCAACAGACUUGUCUUCUUACUCUACGAGAUUAUAGCAGUCGGGAGAAAUCAGAAGUGUCUACAGAUUUAGUUCAGGCAAAUCCUAAACAAGGAGCUUUAGCAAAGAAGUCAUCUCAAGCUAAGAAGAAGAAGAAGGCCUUUAACUCCCAGAAAGCAGGGCAGAAUAAAACAGUGCAAUAUCCCACUGACAUUUUAGAGAAUGCAUCUGUUGAAUUAUUCCUAGAUGCAAAUAAACUGUCCACACCUGUAAUAGAACAAGUUGCACAAAGAAAUGGUAAUUCAGAACUCGAGUUGACGUCAGUUGUGGAAAAUACUUUUCCAGCACAAGAUAUUGUACAGACUGUUUCAGUGAAACGGAAACGUGGAAAAUCACAGCCAAACUGUGCUCUGAAAGAACACUCUAUGUCUAAUAUUGCCAGUGACAAGAACUCUUACGAGCUGGAGAGCUCUGGGGAAGAGUUGGAUCAGAGGUAUUCCAAAGCCAAGCCAAUGUGUAAUACAUGUGGGAAAGUGUUUUCAGAAGCCAGCAGCUUGAGAAGGCACAUGAGAAUACAUAAAGGAGUCAAACCUUAUGUCUGCCACUUGUGUGGAAAGGCAUUUACACAGUGUAACCAGCUGAAAACACAUGUAAGAACUCAUACAGGUGAGAAGCCAUACAAAUGUGAAUUGUGUGAUAAAGGAUUUGCUCAGAAAUGCCAGCUAGUCUUCCAUAGUCGCAUGCAUCAUGGUGAGGAAAAACCCUAUAAGUGUGAUGUGUGCAAUUUACAAUUUGCAACUUCUAGCAAUCUCAAGAUUCAUGCAAGGAAGCAUAGUGGAGAGAAGCCAUAUGUCUGUGAUAGGUGUGGACAGAGAUUUGCCCAAGCCAGCACGUUGACCUAUCAUGUUCGUAGGCAUACUGGAGAAAAGCCCUACGUGUGUGAUACUUGUGGGAAGGCAUUUGCUGUCUCUAGUUCUCUUAUCACUCAUUCUCGAAAACAUACAGGUGAAAAACCAUACAUAUGCGGUAUUUGUGGGAAAAGUUUUAUUUCCUCAGGAGAGCUCAACAAACACUUUCGAUCCCAUACAGGAGAAAGACCAUUUAUCUGUGAAUUAUGUGGAAAUUCUUACACAGAUAUUAAGAAUUUAAAAAAGCACAAAACCAAAGUCCAUUCAGGUGCAGAUAAAAUUCUAGAUUCUAGUAUAGAGGAUCAUCCCUUAAAUGAACAAGAUUCCAUACAAAAAAGUCCUUUAUCAGAAACUUUGGAUGUGAAGCCUUCUGAUAUGACUUUACCACUAGCUCUUCCACUUGGGACUGAGGACCACCACAUGCUCCUGCCUGUCACCGAUAAUCAGUCUCCUACAUCAGAUGCAUUGUUGAGGUCAACUGUGAAUGGGUAUUCAGAACCACAAUUGAUUUUUUUACAGCAAUUAUACUGAUUUUGUGAGGAAUAUGGAAUUGCUAAGACGUCUCUGGUAGUAAACAUAAACAUCUAUGGAGUUUAUUGGAAUGUGAAGAAAUUAAAGAAAAUUAAGAGUCAACCUCUGUAAGAAGUCUGCUGAAAUGGAGAGGUUAUAUUUAAAUCACAUCUUCAUUAAUCCAAGCAUCUAGUGAACAAAAUUUCUUUUUGAAAACUGCUACAGUGAUGUCCUAAUUCUAUAAGUGCAGUAGUUACCAAAUUUCCUCUACUAUGAUGGUAAUUAGCAUUUUACCUUUGCAUAGAUUAGCUUGCAAAUUUAUUUUUAGUAUUGGAUUGGAGUGGAUAAGGUUGAUUUACAGUGCUUUUCUUCAUCACAUUAUCUGCUUUUUAGCUAAAAUAAUUUUAUUUUAAAUUGACAUGGCAUGAUGCUCUACCAGAAAGACAUUUCUCAUUAUACUAAUCUUUGUCAUAAUAUACAUAUAUUUUAGUUGUAUCUGGUAUUCUAACAGUAACGUUUUAGUUAAGUCCAUCUUCAAAUGUACUUGUUACAAUGCAGUAUUCUGGAGAGACAUUCUUAAUUACUUAAGUAUAAUUAAGUUUUUUUAAAGUCUGUUUAGGAUGUUGAAGAUCUUAGAAACAUUUUCUAAAUUAAUUUUCUAUUUGUAUUAGAUUACGCCUCUUGUAUUAUUAGAUUUUAGACUUUUUAAAAAGAAACAUAGAUUAUAUACAAAUGACUUUUUGCUGUUUUUAAGUAGUAUUUUUGUUUUAUGUUUAAUUUCAUAGGAUGAUUUUGAUAGCAAAUUUUAGAGAAUUUUAUUUUUUUCAAAAGAAAAGGUUUGAUCAGUCCCUGUUCCAACACUUUAUGUUUCAGUUCUAUAGAAAUUGUGGAAAUGAUAACACUUGAGAUGUACUUAUAUAAAGACAAUGUACAUGUACUCUUUUUUUAAAAAUGUCCUAAAAUAAUAGUUCUAACAUUGAUGCCUAGCAGAAACAUAUUUUAAAAAUAAUGGUAUCCAAGCUUCACGGAACCUUAGGCCUACUGAAUCAAUCUCUGGGACAUAUAUAUAUAUAUAUAUAUAUAUAUACUGGAAAAGCCCCAUAGUUAUUUUAAUGUAUACCAAACAUUGAGAACUAUUAUCCUAAACAAUUCCUGGUGUCUUCCUUUGGGAAGUGCUUAAAAAUGAAGCUCUUGAAAUAACUAUGUCUUUACUCAGAGAUUUUGAGUCUUUAGAACUUCGCUAGAAAUAGCACCAAGUAAAAAGAAAUUGUAUUUUAAUAGUUUCUAUAAAUUCUCCAUUUUUACUCAUUAUUAUGAACAAUAUUGAGAUUUAAUUAUUGGAGCAUUAAUUUUUUGAGACAAUGGUAUGGUGUGCUCUUCUUUCCUCUGCAACCUCUGUCCCCAUUCAUUCAAGAAAGCCAUUUAAUGUAUUUGCUUAAGGAAUUAAUUAUCAUGUGAACAUAGUGACCAUUCAGAAAUAGAGUAUUUAAUUUAAAGAACAUACUGAAAUAAACACAAUGGAUGUGGACAGAUAUUUGGAUUAAAAUAUCCAGCCAGUAUUUCAAAUGCUGGAGAAUUUGUUGAAAUCAGAAUAUGUAAAGGUACAAUGAUAAACAAGGUAAACUCCACCCUUAAGUUUACAGUCAAAUGGGAAAGACAAGCCUGAAUUUAACUAGCAAUAAAACAAGGCAGAUCAUCCAGUGCUAUAGUGUGAGGAGGCAAGAGCAGUCAUCAGGAAUUGGAUGGACAAAGAAAGGACAUUGCUUCCCUAGGUAGGCAAACAUGAAGAGGUGACUGUUGAGAGGAAUUUUCACACAGCUGACUGAGAUCGGCAGAAUGGAGAGGAGAUGUGAAAUGGGGAGAUGAUGAGAGUCAAAGAUGUCCAACACUGUGCCUACACCCUCCCACUUGAAGUAGUCUGUGCUGAAGGAGUAGGAUUUGAUACCCAAGUUUAUAACCCAUGAUCUCACACACCCAGCAUAGUUGACUGAUGAAGGGCAGGGAUUCAACAGCCACAUUUGUGAUACAUGAUUCCAAACUUGUAACUACAGCUGGCCAUCCUCACCUUACCAGGGAGAAUGAAUUCUUAGGUCAGACUGAUCUGCUUAGAUUCUGUCUCAAAAAUUUGAGCUAUGAAAUUCAGAGGCUAUUAGGUAUUUUGGUAGAUACGCAAAUGAAAAGGUCAUUGAACUGGCCAAGAGUCAGUGAAGCAAGCCAAAGUCUGAAGGAAAUUAUGAGCAGAGAAACCUGAUCUAUAGACCAAAGCAAGGGUGCAGUAGGUUUGCAGAACCAUGCAACUGAGGCCCUACAAGACAGGUGUCGCUUGGGUUUCUAGCUUUGCAGUGCCAUUCUGGAGUUGGCACAGCUAUGUUUCAUUUCUUUAUCCCUGGAUACCAGUGAUUAUAUAUUCCUACAGUAAAUUCCAUUUUUUUCUUAAACAGGCUUGAGUCAGUUUCUGUUUCUUGCAGUUAGACAGCCCCACUUUAACACCUAAGUUUGAUCCUUAGUGAUUGAGAAGGUGGUGGUGCUUUUAACUGAGAUAGGGAAGAUGAGAUUUGUGGAAAAGACCACUUUGUUUUGGGUGCAUUGAAUUUGAUCGGCGGUGAGAUACCCAUGUGAAAAUGUCUAGCAGUAGAUGGAAAUGGGGCCUGAGAUCUAGGAGAGGUUAAAGCUAGAGAUAUAGAUUCUAUAGCAUAAAGCUAAUAAUUAUUGUGAUUAAAAUGAUUAAGGCAGCCAUGGAAUUUAGCAUUUACAGAAUAAAAGGUGAGGAUAAAAUCCUAGCAUAAAUUCAUUUAAAGUAUAAAAAGACAGAAAAGGAGAUGGGCAGUGAUAACAGAAAGAAAAUCAGGGUGUUACAUACAGAUUACACAGAGAGAAAAGUGCCUGUGUACUGGUUACAUAGUACAGAGAAAAUUAAAUAAGUGCAAAAUAAAGACAGCACUGGGUUGGGUGAUUGGAGCAUGGUGAUCCUUGGAGAAAGCUGUGGUAAUAACUGUAGAAGUACAAGCCAGGUAGAUAAGGUUUGAGUAUUAAAUGAAGACAUAAUAGAUAGUAGUGUUUAGUUUGAAAAGCAGAGCAUAUAGACCAGAGAUGAUUAAUUUUAUCAAAAUAUCCAGAAAGUAUAAACCAGUUUUAUGCUUUUUUUACUUUAAUUUGAAACACUAAAAUGAUGAGCAUAAAUCUGCGACACUAUAAUAAUGAGGCUGCGUUUGAACUAGAUCUUAAAAAAAUGAUUGCCAAGAGGAAAAUGGAAGGAAACUUAUAUAACAUAUGGUUGCAGAUUUACUCAUGACAGUUCAGAUGUGCAAAGGAAGUAGAAUUUUCCUAUAGAACUUUCAUGUUCUUCCUCUUGAAUUCUUGAGGGAAGUCUGGACAACACUUAGUCCUACCCAGUUUAAAGCAUAGUGUGAUGUAAAGGGGAUAGAAUUUAUGUAUCUUAAGGUAAUGCUUUUACUUUUGGGAAAUUGCUGUCUUAUUUGUGCCCUUUGUCUUCUCCCUAAAAUGGUAUUCAGAUAUAUGAAUAAAACAGAAUUGGGGAAGACAGUGUCUUCACCUCUUCCCUUCUCUGGGUAUCCGACUGGCCUCUGAUGCACUGGCAACAGCUUGUAAGAUAGGUGAUCAGGUUCUUCCUAGCUGGUUAGAGCCCAGUAGUUUUGGGCUGAAAUGGUCUCACCUUACUUCUUUUGAGUUUGAAGAACUGAGACACACAACUCUUGUCUCAAGCAGUCCAGUGUAGGUAAGGCUGCAAGUGUAACACAUGCCACCCCUCUGCAGGCUCAAGGUAAGCCUUCUUGCUUUCUACUCAGCUACCUUCUGAGUCUCCACUUGGGAGAAUAUAGAAACUUGUGGGUUCCUUCCGUAGCACACAGCAACAGAGAGCAGCAUGGGAAAGCACACCUCAUUGCUAAGGUUUGGUGUGGCUGUGACCUAGCUUGAGGGGCUCUCUUUCCAGAAUCCUGUAGACUCUUCUACCCAGCAUAUUAUGGACUACUUCAAAGCAAUAAAAGAUGAAUGGACUACUGCUAUACUGAACAACAUGAAGGAAUCAUAUUAGUAUGAAAAGGAAGUCAGAUAGAAAAAGAGUGUAUACCUCCAUUACAUAAAAUUAAAAAAAACAGGCUAAACUAUUCUGAUGUUAGAAAUCAGGAUAGUAGUCUAUUUGAAGAGGGUUGGAGGAGUUUCUGGAAAGCUUGUGUCAUUUACUAUCUUUAGCUGGGUCAUGGUUAAAACAUGAAUUAGCUUUGUGAUAUUUAAAAGAAGGAUUGUGUAUUUAAAAGAAGGAUAUAUACUUAUAUCUUAAACUAAUUUGAAGAGCAAAAAACCAGAGCACUGACUCUUAAACUUUAAUGAGAUUAAAGAUGACCUUGAUUGUAAAAUGCAGAUUCCCCAAACUAGCCUCUCAAGUUUUGAUUCAGUAGGUCUGACUCUUAAGACUCUGUAUUUUUAACACUUGCCCCAGGUGAUUGAUGCUUCAUACUUUCAAGACUACUGGCUUAACUAUCUUACUUUCUGGACAUUCAAGUAUAAGAAGUUUGUCAUACUAAUUGUUAUUCAAGUCUGAGUUUAUUGGAUCUCUAAUUGCUAGUAGUAGCAUUUCCUCACCAGCCUAAUGUUUUUCAAAUGUAAUGACAGUUUAAAAUGUUCAGUUUUUCCUGUACUGUGGUUUUAUUGCAUCCAUUGAAUUCUGCGAUUUUUCAAAUUUGAUUAAAAGACAAAGAGUUCUGUUUAUUUCCUAUUGCAUUUUUAACAAUAUGGAGACACUUGACUUUCCUGGGACACAGCUUUUCUAGAUACAGAUAUUUAGUUCUAGAUGUAUGCAGCAUGUAAUGAUACAAAAGAAGCUUUGUAAAACAGCUGGUCUUCAUAUCAACAAAGGACAGAUCUUAUAAUGGAAACAUAUAGAGAACAUACCAAGUAAGGUUUGGUAAAUAACUAGGUAAUACCAAUCAGUAACAAGUGUCAGGAUACAUAAAGUCAUUUGUAGAAUCCUGCAGCCUAUACAGUAUAGUUUAGUCGAUUUAAUUGUACACAUUGCCUAAGCAAAUCUUCAGUAAGUGUUUUCUGCAUUGGUAGAAGGUCAUAUUUCUAAAAUUCUAUCACCAGAUUGUGGUAAUUUUGUCCAGUAUAACAUAAACAGUAUUUAUUGAAAGAAAAAACAAGUUUGAAGUCUGUUUCACACAUUUUGUAACUAUCAAAUACAUGAACUAUAUAUUCAAUUCCAGAUAUGUUAAGAUUUUGUUUCUCAGCACAUACUCAAUCUGAAGCAACCAUCUGUCCUAGAUGAUACAAAUUCAUCUCUGAAAUCACAAGAAUGGAUUUGGUGUAAGGCAUUUGGUCUUUUCUGGCUCAAUGACUCUUUAUCAUUAAGUGAAAAUAAUGCCUUAUACCAAUUAGAUGUUUCCAUUACCAUUACAACCGUCUGUGCCUACCCCACACCCCAGGGAAUAGGGAAAAAUGGCAUAAGGUGCUGAAUAUAAGGAAAGACCUGUUAAACUUGAAAAAUUAUAUAGUAAGUAGGGGAUAUUUAUCUUUAUUGUUUAAUCUACCAAAAUAAUACCCUUAUGCAGAUGUGACUUCUUUUUGUAAUAUUUAUUUCUAGAAUAAAUACAGCUGUGAUUUAAGGAAUUCACAAUAUGCUAUGUGAAGCCCAGUACUUUGACAACUGUAAAGUUGACCACCACCUUUAUUCUGCUUCUUCACUCUCCACAUUGAGAGACAGGUGGUGUUUUAGUCUGCAGAACCUCAGCUUAAUUUAGAGUAAUCCUUUAAAACUGCCCACAAUUUUUUUCACACUUGCCUGGCUUGAAUGGUAAUAAAUCGUUCAGAUUAAGCAGACUCUUGGUAUGUAUGAAUAAAGUUGUCACUAUAGGUCUGUAAUCAAAGGAUCCUAGUGCCUAUUGCCUCUUCAUAGGAAUCUUAAUUUGAAAACAUGAUUGGCCACAGACACAGUAAUUUUUUGCCAUCAAAUCAUUAAAAUAUUACUGGCGUCCUCCAAAAGAGAAAACUAGCUUUAAAAGUUCACUGGCAACACCGACUUGUUUGGAAAGUAUAUGCUUAUAUGUAUUUGUAUGUGUUCAUAUAUAUUUGCCUGUAUUUGUAAAAUUGUAUUAACACUCAUCUGUAAUACCUAAAUAAGAUACAUAAAAUACUUCACUUUUUCAACUUCUAAA